CAUCAGAAGUUGAAAAAGCGAAUUUGCUUUGAAAAAUAGAAAUAUUUAAAAGUAUUUAUUAAUUAAUAAAAAAAAUAAUAAUCAUUACAUAAACCAAUCGUAUAACAACCACUAUCAACAAAAAAGAAAUAUAAAGAAACAGUUUUGUAUACUCUACAAGCACAAAAAAAAUUCCGGAUCAUCUUAAUAACAAACGUCACAAACAAAUUAUCAGAGUGUGUGUGUAGUUCAUUUUUGACUAUAUUAAGCUGAACAACUGGACUUCUAAUUUUAUUUCAGUCAAAAAUGGGAUUCUUGCUACAUAAUGGACAUAAAGUCGUCACAACAGCAUUCACUCGCAAUUUACUGUUUGGCCAGCGAGGUUGUAUUACUACAAUCGCAGACAAUAAAAAAGCAAAAACAAAUACUAAAUUUAAGGAAUCCAAGACAAUAAUCAACAAAACUAUUUGUGCUUUUAGUGUUUAUACAAGGAAUUUUACCACAACAACAAACAUGUCUGCAAAACCAUGUGUCACUCUAGACAAUAUAAAUCCUAGUAUUAAAGUUAUGGAAUACGCGGUACGUGGACCACUUGUGAUACGUGCCGGUCAAAUUGAAAAAGAGCUGCAGGAGGGAACAAAAAAACCAUUUACAGAAGUAAUCCGAGCAAAUAUUGGUGACUGCCAUGCAAUGGGACAAGUGCCUCUUACGUUUAUUAGACAAGUUUUAGGACUAAUCACAUAUGAACCUUUAUUCAAAGAUCCAAAUAUCCCCACAGAUUGCAAAGAACGUGCAAGAGCAAUCUUAAAAGACUGUAAAGGUAGCUCCGUUGGAUCGUAUUCUGAUUCUGCCGGCAUUGAUAUAAUUAGAAAACAUGUCGCUCAGUAUAUUGAAAAUCGUGAUGGCAUUCCAUCUGAUUGGCAAAAUAUCAUAUUGUCCGCUGGUGCCUCAGGAUCAAUCAAAGCUAUUUUGGCUUUAUUAAGAUGUGUACAAAACAACAAACGACCAGGUGUGAUGGUGCCCAUUCCUCAGUAUCCCUUGUAUUCGGCAACUAUAACUGAAUUCGAUAUGCAUCAAAUUGGAUACUAUUUGGAUGAAUCCAAGCAUUGGGGCCUGGAUAUCAAUGAGCUUCAACGUUCCAUUGAUGAGGCACGUAAAGUAUCUUGUCCUCGGGCAAUAGUGAUUAUAAAUCCUGGAAACCCUACAGGACAAGUUUUAUCAAAGGAAAACAUACAAGAGAUUAUUAAAUUUGCUUACAAAGAAAAGCUCUUUAUUUUUGCCGAUGAGGUAUAUCAAGACAAUAUCUAUGCACCUGGUUCUAAGUUCCAUAGCUUCAAAAAGGUUAUGUCCGAAAUGGGAGAGCCGUAUUCUAAAAUGGAAUUGGCUAGUUUCAUGUCCUGCUCAAAAGGUUACAUGGGUGAAUGUGGUAUACGUGGAGGUUAUGCAGAAAUAGUGAAUAUGUGUCCAGACGUAAAGGCGAUGCUUUUAAAAUCUAUUUCGGCUCAAUUAUGCCCAACAACUAUUGGUCAAGCUUGCAUGGAUUGUGUUGUCAAUCCUCCAAAACAAGGUGAACCUUCUUAUGAGUUAUGGCAGAAAGAGCGUUCAGAAGUGCUUGAUUCUCUGAAAGUUCGAGCGGAAAUGGUAGCCAAAACAUUUAAUUCUAUAGAAGGUUUUAGCUGUAACGCUGUACAAGGUGCCAUGUAUGCUUUUCCGCAAAUUAAGUUACCUGAGAAAGCAAUAGAGGCAGCUAAAAAAGCAGGACAAGCGCCAGAUGUUUUCUAUGCAUUUCAACUAUUAGAAAACACCGGAAUUUGUAUAGUACCUGGAACUGGAUUCGGACAAAAACCUGGAACAUAUCAUUUUCGUACAACCAUUCUCCCUCAAACGGACAAGUUGAAACACAUGCUUGAACUCUUCCGUAACUUUCACGAAAAAUUCUUAGCACAAUACAAAUAAAUCUCUUAAUUUAAUACAAGUAUAAAGAUAAUAAGCUGAAAAAAAAAACAAAUUGAAAAUGCUGUAAUUGAAGCUCCCUAAUAUUUGAGCAAAAAAUAUACAUUUAAUAAAUUUAGGUAAAACCUCUAUUUAUAAACUUGAGGUCAAACAAUAA